AAUAAAGCAACAAGGAUGUAAAAAACAAGGGCAAUCAAUAUUGAAUAUUGAAUCAGUUCCAAGAAGUAAAACUAACUCCAAUUGCGACAUCCGAUUAUUCGUUUGGGUAUAGCCGAGCUGAAAAUUCAGGAACCAGCGACAACCAUAUAGAUUCGACAAUAGCUGUCAAAUAUGGAGGAGAAGAACAUGUCGACGCUACCCUCAGAACAGGCAGGAUACGGGUAUGAACAGCCCCCAAAUUACAACCAAUCAAACGUUACCAUACAGCAGCCAGGGGCUCACCCCCCAGUUCCAAAUCCUCAAGCGGCUAUGUCCCACACCACAGUUGUACAGUCUCAACCAGGACGAGGAGGGAUGAACCCCAAUGUUGUUACAACUGGCGGAGGAAUACAUCAGACAACUAUUGUUAACACGCACACUAAGAGAAAUUGGUCAUCCGGUAUAUGCUCAUGCUUCGAUGAUUUGGGAAGCUGCUGUUUUGCCACAUGGUGUCCAGCGAUAAUGGACUGUGUCCUUGCGGAUGAGAUGGGAGAAAGCUUCUGCGUGCCCGUCUGCGUUCCUGGUGGCACAAUUCUCAUAAGGCAGAAAUUACGUCUCGAGAAUAACAUUCAGGGGUCGGUGUGUGAUGACUGCAUUAUGGCCGCAUGUUGUUACCAAUGUCACCUUUGCCAAAUGAAGAGAGAGAUCAAAUACAUACAAUGCGCACAGCAACAGAUGACCGUCAUUCAGACCGGUUACUAAACAAAGGCAGUUAUCAUAAAAACAAUGCCAAAGAUCUUUUACUCUGGGUCUGAUGAUCACAUGAUUCGUCUACAACAGUUAAACUGUGGGGGUCCUUGUCGAGGGGAGCAAGAUGAAAUCUGAUGACAUGUUAAUGAAACGCUAGAAAAAAAAUCAUUAACGAUAUAUUUUAAUGAUAUUCAAUAGUUGAUAUUAGUUA